AUGGCCAUGGCCCUUGAGCGCGUGAACUUUGCAGAGCAGUACGGCCAGAGCUACCUCUGUCUCCUGCAGACGGUCUUCAUCGCAGAUUCUGAGCUGCAUCUCUGUGUAAAGGACAUCAGUCAUUUCUUAAUGCAAGACAUUGCAUUUUUGUCCGGUGGCCGGGGAAAGGACAAUGCUUGGAUCAUUACAUUUCCAGAAAAUUGUAAUUUCAGAUGCAUACCAGAAGAAGUGAUAACAAAAGUACUGACAUAUUUGACAUCUAUUGCAAGGAAAAAUGGAUCUGACUCUCGGUUUACCAUUAUUCUUGAUCGAAGAUUGGAUACAUGGUCUUCUAUCAAAAUCUCUCUCCAAAAAAUCUCUGCUUCCUUCCCUGGAAACUUACACUUGAUAUUGGUUCUACGUCCAACCAGUUUUCUUCAACGAACUUUCACAGACAUUGGAUUUCGAUUUAGUCAGGAAGAUUUCAUGCUCAAACUACCGGUUGUUAUGCUGAGCUCAGUUAGUGAUUUGCUGACAUACAUUGAUGACAAGCAAUUAACCCCUGAGUUAGGCGGCACCUUGCAGUACUGCCACAGUGAAUGGAUCAUCUUCAGAAAUGCUAUAGAAAAUUUUGCCCUCACAGUGAAAGAUAUGGCUCAAAUGUUACAAUCCUUUGGAACCGAGCUAGCUGAGACAGACCUACCAGAAGAUAUUCCUUCAAUAGAAGAAAUUCUUGCAAUUCGUGCUGAAAAGUAUCACCUGUUGAAGGCAGAGGCUUCUUGGAGAUUCACAGCUUUUGGUACUGAGAAUGAUAUUACAGCUGUAACCAAAGAAGGAAAAAUUCUGCUAUCAAAUCUGGAAGUGCCUGACCCUGAAGAAGCUAUCAGUUCAAGAUUUGAACAUCAUGAACAACUAAGUGGUGACUGGCAAACUGUGAAUAAAUUGCUGACUCAAGUACAUGAUAUGGAAAUUGCUUUUGAUGAAUUUUGGGAAAAACACCAACUAAAAAUGAAGCAGUAUCUGCAACUAUGGAAGUUUGAGCAGGAUUUUCAAGAGCUUGUGCGUGAAGUUGAACUUCUAUUAAAUCAACAAGCAGAGUUGGCAGAUGUCACAGGGACUAUAGCUCAUAUAAAACAAAAAAUAAAACAUUUGGAAAUCUUAGAUGAAAAUUCUCAGGAUUUGUUAGCAAAGGUCCAGUUUGUGAUUUUACAUGGACAUAGACUUGCAUCAAAUCACCAUUAUGCACUUGAUUUGAUCUUCCAGAGGUGCACCGAGCUACAUUAUCUUUCUGAUAUUUUGGUUAAUGAGACACAAAACAAAUGGAUACAGCUCAGCUGGACCUUCAAAAUGCAUAAACGUCUACAGCAGGCUCUUCAGUGCUGUGAUGGAGGAGAAUGUCUUCUACCUAAUCAGGAAAUAGAUAAGUUUCAGUCUAAAGAAAAUGCAGAUAUUGAACAUUUUCUUGAAAUGGCUCUUCCCUUUAUAAACUUUAAUACUAAAACUCUACAGUAUGAAUUUGAUGUACUUUUAUCCCCUGAACUCAAGAUUCAAAUUCAGACUGUACAACUCAAGCUUGAAAGCAUUCGAACUGUAUUUGAGAACCAACAAGCUGGUUUCAAGAAACUGAAAUAUGAGCAUGUGAGGCCAAUCCAGUUUGUGGUACCUGCUUCCAACAAAGCGAUCAUACCUAAAGCACCCUUUUUUUCACCUACACCUGGGAAGAAGACUUGGAAACAAAAUCAGAGCAACUUAAAAAUUGAAGUGGUGCAUGAGUGUCUAGAGAAGAGAAGUUCUGGUCCAUCCUCCAGUUUGAACAAUAACAAUACCUUGGAUGUUUUAAAGAACCAUGUCCUAAAUGAGUUGAUACAGACCGAGAAGAUUUAUGUUCGCGAGCUGUUUACUGUUUUGUUGGGCUAUAAAGCAGAGAUGGAUAAUCCAGAGAUGUUUGAUCUUAUGCCACCUCUCCUGAGAAAUAAAAAGGAUGUUCUCUUUGGAAAUAUGGCAGAAAUAUAUGAAUUCCAUAGCAACCUUUUCAUGAGCAGUCUGGAAAAUUGCAUUGAUGCUCCAGAAAGAGUUGGACUUUGUUUCCUGGAAAGGAAAACUGAUUUUCAGAUGUAUGCAAAAUAUUGUCAGAAUAAACCCAGAUCAGAGGCAAUUUGGAAGAAGUAUUCAGAAUGCGCCUUUUUCCAGGAAUGUCAAAGAAAAUUAAAACACAGACUUGGUCUGGAUUCCUAUUUACUCAAACCAGUACAACGACUCACUAAAUAUCAGUUACUGUUGAAGGAACUAUUAAAAUAUAGUAAAGACUGUGAAGGAUCUGAACAAUUAAAGGUGGCACUUGACACAAUGCUGGAUUUACUGAAGUCAGUUAAUGACUCUAUGCAUCAGAUUGCAAUAAAUGGCUAUGUUGGAAACUUAAAUGAGCUGGGCAAGAUGAUAAUGCAGGGUGCAUUCAGUGUUUGGACUGGACACAAAAAAGGUGCUACAAAAAUGAAGGAUUUUGCUAGAUUCAAACCAAUGCAGCGGCACCUUUUCUUGUAUGAAAAAGCCAUUGUUUUUUGUAAAAGACGUGUUGAAAGUGGAGAAGGCUCUGGUAGAUAUCCAUCAUACAGUUUUAAGCGCUCUUUAAAAAUGGAUGAAGUUGGAAUCACUGAAUAUGUAAAAGGAGAUAAACGCAAGUUUGAAAUCUGGUAUGCUGGGAAAGAAGAAAUUUAUAUUGUCCAGGCUUCAAAUAUUGAUGUGAAGAUGAUAUGGUUAAAAGAAAUAAGAAAUAUUUUAUUGAAGCAACAAGAACUUCUGACAGUUAAAGAACAACAGCAGCGUAAUCAGUUAACUGAACAGGACCAGCUUUCAUCUCAACAAAAUGAUGAAAGGGAACAGCGAGCUUUUGUAGUCCCCAGGAUAAAUAAAUCAGAGCACACCAGCACUGUGGUAGGGGUCCAUGAGGCAACCUCGACAGUUCAGGCAGAAACAAAUACAGUUUGGACUGAAGAAAUCUCUGAAGGCCCUGAGGCAUGGUCAAACAACUAUUUCUCCUCUUCCUAUGUUGACAAUGGAGAAGAAAGAACCCUACUGGUUGGUGAAAAAUCUAAACAGAAGAAAAGAAGAUCUGAUUCCAGGGAACAGUCUGAAGAUUUAAAUCGGUGA